AUGUACGUCCAGGAAGCAAUACGAGUGGCGGAGAACGUGUCCACACCGCCCAAGAUGAACAACGUAACGCUGGCGGUGGCCCUGGACGAGCCCAAUGUGGUGAAGCAGCAUGAAGCUUCGCUAACCAUGAACGGAAACGUCAGUGUAGUGCGCCAGUAA